AUGUCAUUCCAAAGACGUGGUGGAUUUGGUAGAGGAGGUGGUGGCGGAUUUCGUGGUGGAAAAGGUGGAGGAGGAUUUAGAGGAGGACGUGGUGGUGAUAGAGGUGGAAAAGGAUUUGAUCAGGGUCCACCAGAUCAUGUGACUCCAUUAGGACAUUUUACAUGGACAGUUCAAGAUGACUUAGUUGCUAAAGUUGACAUAGAACAAGUACCCUUUUUUAAUGCUCCAAUAUAUACAGAAAAUAAACAACAAAUUGGGAAAAUAGAUGAAAUUUUUGGUAAUAUUAGAGACUAUUAUGUGUCUAUAAAAGUAUCAGAAAAUAUAAAAGCAUCCAGUUUUCAAAAAGACACACAGUUAUUUAUAGAUCCAAAUAAAUUGUUACCUUUACAAAGAUUUUUGCCUAAACCUCCUGGAUCAGUACAAAGGAAAGGAGGUAGCGGUAGAGGUGGCAGAGGAAUGAAAAGACCUGAUGGUCGAGGUGGCGGUAGAGGUGGCAGAGGUGGCAGAGGAAUGAAAAGACCUGGUGGUCGAGGUGGCGGUAGACCAUCAUUUGGACGAAGUGGUGGUUUUGGAAAAGGAGGUGGUGGUUUUAAAGGACAGCACUACUAAAUAAAUAUUAAUAUUUUUUAUAUUUAAUUUAUAUUAUAAAUAAAUAAAUUUGAUGAAGUGUAAACUUCACUUCACUUUUACACUUCAUCAAAUUUGAUAUGCUUCCCAAGUUCUUUUUCUGCUUUUUUCAAUAAUUUAUUUCUCCCUCUUUGUUUAGUUUUUACUUUUUUACUCAAUUUUUGUUCCCUAUCGUGCAAGAUUUUAUCCCAAUACAUCUUUUCUUCUUCACCUGUAUAGUAAUACAAAUAUAUAAAAUUAUUACCUAUAUAUUAAAGUAUUCAUAAUAACCAACCUUACCUUCUAAUAAUCUCAUAUGUCUUUCCUCAUCAGAUUUUUGUACAAAUAUCUGUGCAGCUUCAGCUGUAUCACACCUUACAUAAGCAACACAAGAACCAUCUUCAACAUCCGUGUACUUUAUAGAAUUAUUAUUUUUUAAUUCCAUCUAAAAAGAUUUAAAAUAUAUACUAAUUAUUAAUAUAAUUUUUUUUUAUAUUUUUAUAAUCGUAGUAUGUACCUUUAAAGCUUUUGAAUCUGUACAUGGCUUAUUCAUUUCAAUUUUAACUAUAACGCCUGGUGUAAACGAAAAACGGCAUCCAGUCAUGGCACUCAUUUUAUCUUUUUCAUCAUUUUCUUCCCUUUCAGAUUUAUUUUUUUCAUAAUUUGACCAUUGGUUCCAUCUUGUUUUUCUCAAAUGUUGUUUGAGUUGUUUCAUCUUACUCCUCUGUAAUUCUAAGUAUUUAUUCCUAAGAUGUUUCCAAUCUUUCUUGGCCAUCACCUGUAAUCCUACGCUAUAACUAAAAUCUUCCAGUUUACUUCGCUUUUUGCGUUUCUUUCUUUUCUUUUUCUUUUCACUUGUAUUUUCUUGUUCUUCAUUAGUUAGAGUAAUAUCAUCAGUUUUCAUUUGUUCAUUUUUAUCAUAAUUAUCUGAUACUUGUUCAUUUUUCAUAGAUACAUUUUUUUCAUACUUUAAUUUUUUUGAUGUACCUUCAAAAGAAGCAUCACUUUGUUUCUCAUUACUUGAUUCUACUGCCUCACUGUGUACAUCAUUUGAACUUUUUGCUUUUUUCUUUUUACUUUUUAUCAAUUCAUUAAUCGAUUUUUCUUUUGUUUCAGUUAGUUCUGUAGUUUCUGUAUCUAGGUGUUUUCUCUUCUUUGCUUUCUUUUUAUUAUUAUUUUCAUGAUUUUCUGAAGUAGUACUAAUAUUUGUAUGUACUUGCUCUUCAUUACUUGUAUUCAUUUCAGUGUCUCCUAAUUUUUCAUUAUCAACAGUAUUUUCAGUACAAACAAUGAUUUCAUUUGUUUCAUUUUCUGACAACAUGAUCUUUUCUGUAUCAUCAAAUGUGGUAAUGCUUAGUAGUUUAUUAGGAGCUGUGUAUGAUGGUAAAACACAACCUUUUUUUUCAAAUGCCUAGAACAUAUUAAUUCAAUAGUAUAAAAUAAUUAAAAAUUUUUUAUUGUUAUGUAUGUUCGAACAUUUCUUACCUUCAAACAUUUCUUAGCACUCUCAACUGUAUCAAACUCUACAAAUGCAAAUCCCUUUAUCUUUCUAUUAAUUUUAAAUCGCGGAAUAGAAACAUAUACAACUUGUCCAUAUUGAGAAAAUACUGAUCUUAAUGUUUCAUGGUCUGCAUCUGGAGGUAGAUUUUGUACGUAAACUGUACAUUCAUCAGUGUUUUCUUUUAUCAUUAUUGGUGUUACACGUCGAAUUUUCAUUCCAUCUUCAGAUAAAGAUAACAUUGUAGAUACUUGCACAGCUUUAGCUAUCCUGUUUAUAUCUGUAGUCAAUUCUUUUAUUUUAUUAAAUCUUAGAAAAACAUUGAGAUCUACAUCUGAAAUAUUUAAAGAUAGGUAUUUAAAAUAUCAAAUGACAGUUAAUGUUAUAGUAAUUUUAAUAAUUCUUACAUGGAUCUUCUUUAAUUAAAUUGCUUAAAAAUCUAUCUUUACUUAGAUUCGCAUCACCAAAGUAAAAUUCCAUUUGUUUGAGUAUAGUAGCAUGUAAUGCCUUUUUUCUAAGUCUGGGUUUUCCUCUAGAAAUGCUUGUUUUAUUAACUGUUUCCAUAUGUGAAUCCUCUACUUUUUGCACUUGUGGUACAGGAACUCUUUCCGAAUCUAGCUCCAUAUCCGACUGUUGUUCUUCCAUCACCAUUGUUAUUUCAAGAUUUAUAUUAAUUAAUGUUGGAGAACUACGUAUCUUCUGUUUCUUUUCUGUCACUAAGUAUCUGUAAAUUCAUUUUAAAUAGGUAUAUAAAUCUGAACCUUAA